GCUCCUGUUUCAGUUCGCGUUUGAAGUCUCGAUUUCGCAAGUGUUUCCAAAUUUAGAGAGAUUGUGAGCAUGAAAGCAUACUACAGUGAAUGCUAAGUGAACAUGGAUUUCGACGACGAUGGCGUCAUACUGCCGAAUUCGCCGUUGUAUGCUCACCUCACCGAAGCCGGGUUUGAACUUCCCGACACGGAGGUUGCGUUUGUGCAGACUUCGGAUGAUCGGCGCCCAACGCUGAAAAAAACGUGCCAUCUGCCUCGUUCCAAGAUACUCUCUUUCCUGCCAAAUGUACUCACCAUUUUUUCAAAUGGGCUGUACAAAGCGAAAUCUGCAGUUCUACAAUCAUUUCACUACUUUGACGGAGAACCCUUCUUAGAAGAGAUCUUGGGAAGCCCAUGCCUCGAUGAGGAAGACCAGAGGUUUUUGAGAAACCUCCUUGAAGCUAGAGAUGUUAGUGUAAACAAAGAAAAUUUUCAAGGCAGCUUCCUUACAUACAGCAUUGUUGCUGCUGUCAUCGUGUGCCUCAUUGCCAGAUGUUUGUCUUCAGAGCAACAGAGCAGUGCCGAGAGUGUACUUUUAGGAAUGGUGGCCUGUGCACUGCUGUUGGUUGCCGGAAUGAUGCUCGUCAAGUACUGCUUUUUGCGUCAGUACCGAACAAACAUUCACAGCCUGCUUUGGACGAUGCAAGAAGUUCGAGUCAUGAUCAGGAAGUGCUUGCAGAUUAUCCAGGAGGCUGAAGUGGUGGCCCGUGGAUUUACCCUGGCAUCUCACAAUGUUCCUGUUCACCGAAUCGAGAUGAACGUGCUCAUGCCGAACUUGGAUCCUCAGAGACAGUGCCCCGAGCUACGGAAGUCAGUGUUCCUGUGGACCCGAGAGCUGUUCCUCAUCGGGAAGAGCGCCACCUUGGAAGCCAUUGAGUCUGUUCCACUUGAAGGUGAACUCGAUGUGAGCGCCAUCUACCUGGCAUACACGGCACCUGAAGAUGUCAGCGUAGAGCUUUUUGCGCCGCUCGGCAAAGCUCUUGAAGAAGGAACUGAAAAUUUCUCUCUCUCAUCUCUCAAGGCCAUGCUGUAUCUCAUGCACAUUCAGCACUCGGAGUUUCUCCGGAGGCUGUCACUGUCUUUGAUUCCUGGAAUCAAGAAAAGCUGUCUCUUCGACGCACUCUCCUUGAAGACAAUCGUUGCCGACCUCAGAGCUAGCAUUCAAGCGCAGCUGAGAAACUUCUGCAAUGCCUACCAGUUCUACAAGAGCAGUCAGGUGACAGAGGAACUAGAGAGCAGGCCGCUGCGGUCGCUGCGUGCAGCACCCCACGAGCUUCACAUGGCCACUCACAGUUUGGGGCUUCAUUUGAUGGCAGCCCUGAAACGUUCCCAGGCACUGGAAAGCAUCACAGAAUCCAUUGGGGAGGAUUCUCAAAUUGAGCCGCUGGAAGCCAAUCUCAGCUGCCUACUUUCUGAAGUCAAAGCAGAGCUUGCAUCAAGCUGCAGCUGCCUUGAAGAGGUCUCCAUGCUAUUGGACAAGCAAUCAGCACACAAACUUUCUGCCGAGAGCCCAGCCCUGGAGCUGCCACAACCUGUUGCAAGUACCGGCUCAGUCGUAGUCAUAAACGAAAAUGACGUUCCCGUGAUUGAAGACGAGGUCUUUGAAGCUAUGCUGCCAGAAAAGGGUGAUCCUGGUGAUGUCAAUGGAGAUGACCUUGAAUUACCUACACAGAAGGAGCAGAAGGAGGCUUCUGCUGUUGUGUUCAAGGAGCUGAAGAGCGUGCUUGUCCUCAAGGCCAGAGAACACCGUGAGCGAGAGAAAAACGCGCUAGCUCGUUGUGGAGUGGAGGGAGGACACUUUGACAAGCUAGGGUUCGUCGUGCCUGAGGUCGACGUUCCCGCCGACAACGACGGUCACGUAGGUGACUGCUCCCCCUCGUUCGAAGGAGGCGUGGCAGCGAGAAGUACAACACCUCUGCACAAUACCGCCAUGGGCGACGAACGCUCCGAGACAAUGGAGCUUCGGCUCGGCAAUGCCGAAGAGUCGGCGAAGUGCGAAGGUUCGGAAGUUGCCGCCGAGAUCGCCGCCAGGUUCACGCUUCCGCUUUAUGAAGGGAAGUGCAUGCCCAAUCCGCGCAACAUAGCCCUCAUGGCGGCACUAAGGUCACAGCAGGUUAUGCGUAUGGAAGUCAGUACGUUUGAGGACGGCACGAGUGACAGUUCUUCUUCGGACGAAGGUGAAGAAGGUGACAAGUGAUUUUACAUUCAUUCAUGUGAAAUUUGCUUUUUCUGUGCAACUUAUGAACUCUGCUUGUACGUUCAUAAAUUACUGAGGAAGUGAUCAGGUUUUGUUGGUCAUUGACUUUUUGAUCUUGUAAAAUUACUGUAUUUUCUUGUGUAUGGGCUGCCUCUGCAUACAACUUGCACCUCCAGCUACAAACUGGAUAAAAAAAGUUAAAAGAAAAUGCGUAUUGCCAUAAGGCUCCCUUUUUUGCAUGACAGUUGAGGAGUGCUGUGGAGCCAACUUGCACUCCAUAAUUCGUGUGUAAAUCACACACACACACACACUUUGGCUCCAAAUGUCCUGUAUAUUUCGUGCUGGUUAUGCAAGAGAAAAUAUGGUAUUUUAUGGGCACUGCAUAUAGAAUGGUGUUUAGCUUUAGGAAGAAACUGUGUUGUGUAAUGCUGUGUGCAUGUAGUGUGCAUAAAUAAAGAAAUCACAUCGUUGAAGUAAUGUUGCCUGCAGAUGAGAUUUUGCUUUAACGGCUUAGCUAUGCUGCUAAAAUGCAAAUACUAUAUGUGCGCAAAUGUACAAGCAUAGGCAUGUGUGUGUACAAAAAAUCACUAGCGCGACCUUGAGCUUUAUAUUUAUAGCACACGAGUUCUUGAUGACCAUCACAUUCUGCGGAUGCUCCUCCGCACCCUCAUGUCUCAUAGUGCCUUCAUAUUGCUAAAUAUGCACUGUUAAUUUAAGUAUUUUACCUGCUGACUCCAUACUUACGUAGCACUUGUUACGCUUGUUCUCGCUUCCUAUGGAAGAACAUUGUAGUUAAAAUGCAUGUGUCUUCAUGCUUUCCCCAGUUGUGCCUUGAAGGCUAAAAAAAAAAAUCUCUGUGCUAAAAUAAAAAUUUUACUUGUGCACGUCUAAACAAUUACAGCA